AAGAUUUUUGUUCUCUAUUCAAAAUGAACGAAUUAAAAAGGGACGCUGCAUAUAAAAAUUUACAAUCGAGAUUAAAUAAUUUAUUACAAAUUAGUACCGAGACCAUCUUGUCGUCAACGUUCGACGAAGAAAUUCAAAAUAUUUUAACUCGAGAUUAUUACGACAAAAACAUUACGAUUAUACAACGACUAAACAACAAUAAUAAUAAAGAUUUUAAAAGAGAGAACAGGAUGGACUUAGAUAAGUUUAUUCCUUCUUUAAAUAAAACGCAAUUCAGAGAAGAAAUUUCUACCUAUAAAAUGCCACUCCAAAUUGUCGGUAUUAUCGUCGUCAUAACGAUAAUCUUAACUUGUUGUUGCACAUUGCAUUUAAGAAAGAAAUUAAUGGCUUUAGUAAAUAAGGUGGUAGGAAAAAAGAAAAAAGAUAGAUUAUCGUCGUUGGAUGUAGAAAAGGGUAAGAGAGAAUCGAAGAGUGGCUUGAUGGGUGUAAAAAAGAUACAAAAAAAGGAAACCAAGCCAGUAACUCAGAAUGUAACACAACCAGUGCCACAACCUGCUAUGACAACAACAUCUAGUAUUCAAGCAGAACCAUCGCCAACUGGAUGUUGCAAAUGUUUCAAAAAAAAAAGAAAGAAAACUCGAAAGAAGCACAAGAGAUAA